AAACAAACUUUAAACAACUUUUGAGAGAUAGAGAGAGAGGUUUGGGUCCUUCCCUUUUCAUUUCUUAUUCCACUUCUUUUCUUUCGCCCUACAUCUCUCCUUACUCUAAUCCCUUUUUUGGUCUGAGAUUCAAGAUUUACUUGAUCCUCCAUCACUCUCUUUAUUCUUCACUCCGCAAUAAGAAAGAAGAAGAAGAAGAAUUGGACUGCUUUGCUGACUUGAAGCUUUGUCCUAUCCACCCUUUGGAGAUGAAAUCUCUUCACCCCUAAAGCAGGUGUUUUUCUUUCUUCUGAGCUUUUGUGAAGUUUUUAUCUUGAGGAGAUGAUGGAGGAUCUGGGCGCCCAAUUAGUUGCCCCCACUGUCAUCCACCAAUCCCUAUCUGGAAGAUUUUGUGAUUCAUAUCCCAUGCCCAAGAAACGCGGUCUACCUUUCCAUUCCUCAACUUAUAUUCAUCAAAAUGCUUCUGAUAACUGGAAUCCUAAGUUCUGGGAUUGGGAUAGUUCGAGAUUUGUUGCUAAACCAUUGCAAUGUGAUGAAAUCCACGCCGGAAAUGGCACACAGAUACACCCGGGCUUGCCAAGGAGGAAAGAGCUACAAAUUAAUGCUCAAAAUCCUAGAAAACUCGAUAGUGCUGGAGAAGAUAAUGAGAAUCUUAGACUGAAGCUUGGAGGGGGAGAUGGAGCUAGAAGCGACAGCAGCAGCGGUGUUGUCAAUUUAAUGGAGCCACAGCCAGUGUCGAGGCCCAAUAAAAGAGUAAGGUCUGGAUCACCUGGUGGUGCUAAUUAUCCAGUGUGUCAAGUGGAUAAUUGCAACGAAGAUCUUUCUACUGCUAAGGACUAUCACAGGCGGCACAAGGUUUGUGAGGUUCACAGCAAAGCUGUUAAGGCCUUAGUGGGGCAACAGAUGCAGAGGUUCUGCCAGCAGUGCAGCAGGUUUCACCCCCUCUCAGAAUUUGAUGAGGGGAAGAGAAGUUGUCGGCGCAGACUUGCUGGUCACAACAGGAGGAGGAGGAGGAAGACCCAGCCAGAGGAUAGUGCUGCACGGUUGUUAGUUCCUGGUAGCCAUGAAAAUAAUGUUGGUGAUAUUGAUGUUGCCAAAUUAUUGGCAGUGUUAGCUCGUGUACAAGGGAAUCCCGAGGACAGGAGUAGUAAGGUUGCAUCAAUACCUGAUAAAGAUCAGCUGAUACAAAUUCUCAGUAAAAUAAGUUCAUUGCCUUUGCCAGCUGAUGUGACAGCCAGGCUGAGAGGAAGCAUUCCCAAUCUUCUAUCCUCAGAGAAUUUGAACCAAAUGAAUGGGAAUGCUUCUUCCAGAUCGACCAUGAACUUGCUCGCUGUUCUUUCAGCCACUCCAGGAGUACCCUCCUUUGACGCAUUUGCAAAUCAUUCUCAACCUAGCACUGAAGGAAGUGACUCUGAAAAAAGCAAGUCAGUGUGUGUUGACCAAGCUGCACGCCUCAAUGUGCAUAGAGGACCUAUGAUGGAAUCUCCCACUGUGGGAGGAGAGAGAACUAGCACAAGUUACGAUUCUCCCAUGGAAGAAGUAGAUUUCCAUGUUCAAGAGACAUCUCCAAGCUUGCCUUUACAGCUGUUUACUCCGUCACCCGAAGAUUAUAGGUCAACAAAAUCACCAUCAUACAGAAACUUCCUUUCAUGUGGCAGCAGUAAUCAUUCAGAGGAAAGAUCACCUAUGUCUUCACCACCUGUUGUACAUGAUUUGUUCCCAAUGCAGACGUCAAGAGAAAUAAUGAAGGAUAAGCAUUUGUCAAAUAGUGAAGGUGAAAUUGCAAAUGCGAAACAAACCAUAAGCAAUGAGUGCAGUACAUCUCUUCAGCUUUUCAGAGACUCAACCCUAGCUACUGAAAAUGGUUCGAAUCAAAGUUCUCCAUAUCAAGCGGGCUAUACAUCUUCUUCUGGUUCUGAUCAUUCACCAUCCAGCCUGAAUUCUGAUGCUCAGGAUCGUAAUGGUCGAAUAAUUUUCAAAUUGUUUGACAAGGAUCCCAGCUAUAUGCCUCGGUCACUACGGGCUCAGAUAUACAAUUGGCUUUCUAACAGUCCCUCAGAAAUGGAAAGUUACAUUAGGCCUGGUUGUAUAGUUCUUUCCCUGUAUCUAUCAAUGCCAUCUUUUGCUUGGGAUCAACUUGAAGAAAACCUUCUUAACUAUGUGAAGUCUUUAGUGAAAGAUAUUGAUGUUGACUUUUGGGGAAACGGAAGAUUUUUGGUUCACACAGACAGACAAAUGGCUUCCCAUAAAGAUGGAAGGAUUCGUCUCUGCAAAUCUUGGAGAGCCUGGAGUACACCAGAACUCAUCUCGGUCUCUCCUUUGGCUGUUGUUGGUGGACAAGAGACCUCUCUUCUGUUGAGGGGAAGAAGUUUGACAGGUCCAGGCACCAAGAUACAUUGUACGCAUGCAUCUGAGUAUAAUAUAAGGCAAGUUGCAGCAUCAUCGUGCCUGGACAGUGCAUAUGAAGAGAUAAGCUUGGAUAGCUUUAAGGUCGACAGGGCAGCAUCUGGCGUACUUGGUCGCUGUUUCAUCGAGGUCGAGAAUAGUUUCAGAGGGACCAGUUUUCCAGUAAUUAUAGCGGAUGACACCAUCUGUGAAGAAUUGAGACUCCUUGAGCCUGGGAUCAAUGGAACUGCUGAAGUGUGUGGUGGUAUUGCAGCUGAUCAUAUUCAUAAUACAGGGAGGCCCAGGUCCAGGGAAGAAAUCCUGCAUUUCUUGGAUGAACUUGGAUGGCUGUUUCAAAGAAAACACAACUCUUUCUUGUUUGGAAUCCCAGAUUACAGGCUUAGUCGGUUCAGAUUUCUUCUUAUAUUUUCUGUUGAGCAUGACUUUUGUGCUGUGGUGAAAACCCUCCUGGACAUUCUGCUGGAACUAAACUUGGUUAGACACGGAUUAGCAAGGCAGUCUUUGGAGAUGCUAUCAGAAAUUCACCUAUUGAACAGGGCUGUCAAAAGGAGGUGUAGGAGCAUGGUUGAUUUGCUCAUCCAUUACUCUGUUGAUUCUACUGAUACCUAUGAGAAAUAUAUUUUCUUACCCAAUAUGGCUGGACCUGGUGGAGUUACACCUUUACAUUUGGCUGCUUGUAUGUCAUCUUCAGAUGAUAUGGUUGAUGCUCUGACGAGUGACCCACAGGAGAUGGGUUUACAGAGUUGGAAUUCUGUUCUUGAUGCAAAUGGGCUUUCUCCUUAUGCAUAUGCCUUGAUGAGGAAUAAUCAUUCAUACAACGCUCUUGUUGCUAGGAAGCUUGCAGAUAGGAAUAAUUGUCAAAUCUCUGUAUCAGUAAACGAUGAAAUUGAGCAAGUCGAAUUGGAGAAGGAUAAAGAUAAGAGAACUAUUUCUCACUUCAAUCAAAAGCUAAAAUCUUGUUCCAGAUGUUCAGUUCUUGCAUCGUGUGGAUACAGCAAAAGGUUUCUGGGUUCAAAAGGAUUGCUCCAACGUCCCUACAUCCAUUCAAUGCUCGUUGUAGCUGCUGUUUGUGUUUGUGUCUGCCUGUUCCUUAGAGGACAUCCGUCUGUUGGUUGUGUCUCCCCAUUUGUAUGGGAUAACUUGGGUUAUGGCGCAUUUUAGUUUUACAUGAAGAGUGUUUUAAGAAACUUA